AUGGUACAACUCGAUCUUCUACCCGGUCAGAAAAGAGCCACCAAGCUGAGGAAUCUUAAAAAAAGAAAGGCGAAGCGCACCAAAGCUCAAGCUGCUGGCGUGGCUCAGUCCCGACAAAUUGCUAAGGUCAAGAAUUCACCUAAUAUUUCUGCUCUGGUGCACCGGAAAGGAACCAUCACCAAGCCUCAUCUUCAACUGUCUCUUAUAUUACCAUCAGAUAACGAAACUUCUCUUGGUCUUCCCAGGUCGAAAUUGAGAGCAUGGGCGAACGAUUCGCCAUCACCAAGUAAAACACCAAAGCCUGAAGCUGCUGUUCCUUCUCAAGACUUUCUCCCUCAGCAAGCCGUGCUUGAUCCUCCUUCACGAAAGAGCCACCACAACGAAGAUUGCCCUUCCUCAGCUGGCCGUUCGGUGGAACCCUCCCAUAUCGUCACCGACAACCAAGUUUUCCUCGCCCCUUCUGGUAAACAAUUAUACGAUCUGUUCAGCCCGCAUCCCUUCCCGGAGCUUUACCCUCACGCUGCUCACCCAUGGGAACAAAGUGAUUAUAUACCCAAUUUCGCGAAAUAUGCUGCUGGUCUAACUGCCGCUGGGAAAGCGAUAGUGGAAAAACAUCACCCUUCUACUUCAUACGAAAAUAACGGACAAGACGAGGCGAUGAGGACCGAGGAAGAACCAGUCUCACGACAAGAGGGAGAUGGAGCAGAGCUAUCGCCGAUCGAAGCGCAAAAAAAUGAAGCUAUCUACUACAGCACUCGAUCAACUGCUCAGAAUGGAAGCUGCAUGUUUCAUGCCCUUUGUCAAGGGAUUUGA